GUGUUUGCUCUGCUCCCGGACACCAUUGCUUCCUCCUGAGGGUCCUUCCCUGGCAGAGCCACAGCCGGGGCCAGGUUCUGGGGAGCCAUGACAGAAGUGAGGAGAGAGGUGUUUGGGCACAUGCCCCAGGAGGAAGGAGAAGAAGUGGUGGAAAAGUUCAUCUUAAAGUCGGACAGCGUGAAAGUGGAGAUCCUGUCCUUGGGGUGCAUAAUCACCACGCUGGAGACGAAAGGCAGGAAUGGGGAGUUUUCAGACGUUGUCUUAGGCUUUGACACUUUGGAAGGUUACACGAGGAAGCACCCUUUCUUCGGCGCCGUCGUGGGGCGUGUUGCCAACAGGAUUGCAAACGGGAGGUUCACCGUUGACGGGAAUGAGUAUCAGCUGUUUCUCAACAAUGGGCCCAACAGCCUGCACGGAGGAGCCAGGGGAUUUGACAAGGUUCUCUGGAGCUCCCAGGUCCUCCCAAACAGUGUCUGCUUCUUCCGGCUCAGCCCCGACGGUGAGGAAGGCUACCCUGGUGAUCUGAAAGUCUGGGUGACCUACACACUCAGUGGUGGGGAGCUGGCCAUCAACUAUCGAGCCCAGACCAGCAAGACAACACCCAUCAGCCUGACAAACCAUGCGUACUUCAACCUCGCAGGGCAGGGUUCAGGGGAUAUCUAUGACCAUGAGAUUUCUAUUGAAGCAGAUUCCUACCUGCCUGUUGAUGACACCAAGAUCCCUACUGGGGAGGUGGCCACUGUGGAGGGCACCGGCUUUGAUCUCCGGCAGCCUGUGGAGCUGGGGAAGCACUUGCAGAAGUUUCACUUGGACGGCUUCGACCACAACUUCUGCCUGCAGCAGACACAGGCUCGACGUCUCGCGGCCAGGGCUCGCCACCCUCCCACCGGCAGGGCCAUGGAGGUUCACACCACCCAGCCUGGAAUCCAGUUUUACACGGGGAACAACAUGGAUGGCUCCCUGAAAGGCAAAGGAGCCGUCGUAUACGCCAAGCACUCGGCCUUCUGCCUGGAGACCCAGAACUGGCCUGAUGCUGUCAACAAGCCCCACUUCCCCAGCACUCUGCUCCGGCCGGGCGAGGAGUACAACCACAGCACGUGGCUGGUGUUCAGCGCUGCCUGA